AUGACCACCUCCGUCUUCUCCGGCGCCAGCUUCAGGUCGCGACUGCUCAUCCAGUCCGAGGACCAAACCCUGUGGGACACUAUUACUGACCUCCCGAGUCCGCAGUCCACCAUUCCGAUCGCCCUCUGGGACCAGGAGCGUUCUCCUGCUGACGUACGACCGGAGGACGCAAAUUUUUUUGGAAUAACCAGACAAAUUGCAGGUCCGAAUGAUUACGCAACCACGCCAACAUUUCUAUAACUAUAUCGUAUGCUUUCUAUUUAUUAAAUUAUAAAACCUCCUAAGACAGAAAAUUGUACAGUAAAUGAAGAAUCUAUUCCCAUUAUUUCACUAUCAGAUUUGAAAGACAUUAUUAAAGAUCCAGCAAAUAGUUCUGAAAGAAUAAUUCAAAUUAACAAAUUAAAAGAAAAAAUAGACAAAAUUGUACAGGAAGAUUGUUGGGACCUAGACGAUAUCCUAUUGGAGCACAAUUAUGCUGAUUCUAUCAUACUUGAUUGUGUUGUUUAUUUUUUGGCUGGGUAG